GGGGCCUCCGCCAACUAUGGCGGGCGAGCUUGAGGGCUCUAAGCCGCUGAGCGGGCUGCUGAGCGGCCUGGCUCAGGACGCUUUCCAUGGGCACCGGGGCAUCACGGAGGAGCUGCUGCGGAGUCAGCUCUAUCCGGAGGUGCCACCUGAGGAGUUCCGCCCCUUUAUGGCGAAGAUGAAGGGGAUUCUUAAGUCUAUUGCAUCUGCAGACAUGGAUUUCAACCAGCUGGAGGCAUUCUUGACUGCUCAAACCAAAAAGCAAGGCGGGAUCACAUCUGACCAAGCUGCUGUCAUUUCCAAAUUCUGGAAGAGCCAUAAGACAAAAAUCCGAGAGAGCCUCAUGAACCAGAGCCGCUGGGACAGUGGGCUUCGGGGCUUGAGCUGGAGAGUUGAUGGCAAAUCACAGUCAAGACACUCAGCUCAAAUGCACACUCCUGUUGCCAUAAUGGAGCUGGAAAUAGGGAAAAGUGGACAGGAAUCUGAAUUUCUGUGUUUGGAGUUUGAUGAGGUCAAGGUCACCCAAGUCCUGAAGAAGCUCUCGGAGGUAGAAGAAAGUAUCAGCACACUGAUGCAGCCAGCCUAGCUGAAGAUGGAGCUGUUGAAGCAAAGGUGUUCAUGAUCCCUCCCCAGGGACCUGCUUUUUUUUUAAAAAAAAUCUUAUUGCCCCAAUAGUAUUAAAUCCUCAAGUUCAAA